CGGCCGGUGGUGUCACCGUGUCGGCCCAGGCGGUUGCAAGGUCGCAUUCGGAGGUUCUAGGCUGGCCGCAGCCCAGCUCAACGCUGGGGCUUUCCGAACCCGGCAGGUACCCAACGGCGCGCCUCGCUCUCUACGCCCCGCAGCCCAAGCACACGCUUGCCCAUGCGGGUUGGAGCUGCGCGUCCUCGGGCUGCGGCAGCGCGGACGCACAGCGCACCGCCGGCCUACCAGCAGCGGGCGGCGGCGGCUCCCAUGCGGCACACGUGGGGCUGGGCGCUCUGGAAGCCCCGGUGAGCCGGCGGCAUGGGGCAGGCGGGCUGGAAGGGGCUCUGCCUGUCGCUGUUCGACUACAAGACCGAAAAGUAUGUGAUCGCCAAGAACAAGAAGGUGGGAUUGCUCUACAGACUGCUGCAGCUCUCCAUCCUGCUGUACCUGGUCGUGUGGGUGUUUGUGGUGAAGAAGAGUUACCAAGAUGUUGACACCUCCCUGCAGAGCGCUGUUGUCACCAAAGUCAAGGGCGUGGCCUAUACCAACACCUCUGAGCUUGGGGAGCGGCUCUGGGAUGUUGCUGAUUAUGUCAUUCCACCCCAGGGAGACAAUGUCUUCGUUGUGAUCACCAACCUGAUUGUGACUACCAACCAACGGCAGGGCACCUGUGCUGAGUAUGAAGGUGUCCCUGAUGGUUUGUGUUCUCAGGACCAUGACUGCCAUGCUGGGGAGACUGUUAUAGCUGGAAAUGGAGUGAAAACUGGCCGCUGUCUGCGUGUGGGGAACUCAACCAGGGGCACCUGUGAGAUCUUCGCCUGGUGCCCAGUGGAGACACAGUCCAUGCCAAUGGAACCACUCCUGAAGGAAGCUGAAGACUUCACCAUUUACAUAAAGAACUUCAUUCGUUUCCCCAAAUUCAACUUCUCCAAGGCCAAUGUGAAGGAGGACACGAAUUACUUGAAAUCCUGUCGCUUUAGCCCCAAGAAUCUUUACUGCCCCAUCUUCCGACUGGGGUCUGUGAUCCGCUGGGCGGGGAGUGACUUCCAGGACAUAGCCAUGAAGGGUGGUGUGAUAGCAAUUAAUAUUGAAUGGGACUGUGAUCUUGACAAAGCUGCCUCCGAGUGCAACCCUCGCUAUUAUUUUAGCCGCCUGGACAACAACCAUGUAAAGUCUGUCUCCUCCGGGUACAACUUCAGGUUUGCCAGAUAUUUCCGAGACUCGGCCGGGGCGGAGUUCCGAACCCUGAUAAAAGCCUAUGGGAUCCGCUUUGAUGUGAUAGUUAAUGGCAAGGCAGGAAAGUUCAGCAUCAUCCCCACAAUCAUCAACGUGGGCUCUGGGGUGGCACUCAUGGGUGCUGGGGCUUUUUUCUGUGACCUGGUGCUCAUCUACAUCAUCAAGAAGAGGGAGUUCUACCGUGACAAGAAGUACGAGGAAGUGAGCCGCAGCUUGAACCCAGCCCAGCAGCGAGGAGCCCGACCUGGCCGCAGACCGUGCUGCUGGAGGAACGAGGGCAGCUGCCUUUCUCGGCCCGCUCCGCCUAUGUCUGGGGAGGCGCGUACAGGGCAGGGUCGAGAGGGCAGUGCGCUGGAGACCGAGGCCGAAGUGGCACAGCCAGGGCAGCCGGAGGAGGAGCUGCUGGAGGAGCAGCCCCAGGCGCUGCCCAACCGUAGCCACUGGAAGGGGAAUUGCAGUGUGUGCUCGCAGUUCCCCGAGCUAGCCAGGUCUGGCCUUCUGAAGAAUGUAGAGGUGAAUGCUGAGCAGCUGCAGAACCUGCGGACAGUGGAGACGUAGCUAGAGCUGGUGGCCUAGAGCAGUCUUGAGGAUGUUGGGGCCAGAACCACCCACAGCUCUGAACUGAGAAGAGAUGUGCAUGUGUCUGCAAGGGACAGGGGCUUCCAGGAACAGCCAUCUCCCCUGACUGAGAUCCUGUUACAAGCCUUAUGUUGUAUGGAGGGGAGUCUUGGCAGCCUGACUGGCUCAGAUCCAGAAGAGGAGGCCCUGGGGCAGGCGCCCAGGGAACAGGGCAGGCCAGGAGCCUGAGUGAUACUAGAUUAUUUUAAUUUUUCCUGAGAACCUGACUGGACAUUCAUACUCAUCCAUCCGUGCAUGCAGCAAAUACUUAUUGAUGCAUGCUGUGUGCUUGGCCCUAUAUAAGAGAUGCUUAAAUGAGAUACUGACCUGGCCUUCAGAAAUGGGGUAGACACACAUAUAAUGACCUUCAAGCCAACAGAGACAUUACUGCCCAGCUACUCUGGCUGCCUUCCCGCCUCUAGCUGAUAAGUUCACAAAUCCCUGUAGAGAAUGACAAUUGCUCAGAGAAAGCCUUUAGAUAACAUCCAGGGGAACACUUGGUCUUACCCAUGGGAUAAAAUUUAAAGGUGGCCAAAGAGGCAAUAGGAAAGGACUGGACCAGUUGGAAGGCAGCUGACCCAUAAGGGGAGAAGCCAAUUGCAAGGGCUUUAAGGUAAGAUGGGAAAGAGAAGGCAGGGAGGACUCUACUCCAUUCUUUUAGGUAAGCUCAGCAAGACCAUGUCUCCCACUCACACCUCCCCAAGAAUAGUGACCUGCCCAGAUGUGAGAUGCUUUUGCCUGUGUGAUUUGGCUCUUGCUGUUUUGUAGGGCUGGAUGUCCCUGCUAGCUUCCCCUCCUUAAGUGCUAACCAGGUAAAGGAUUCUCUUUUAGCAGGUGUCAAGUUGUUAGGGAGGCCCUCACUUCCCCACCCCCAAAGUGGGGUCCGUGGACCAGCAUCACUAGGGGGCCUGUUAGAAAUGCAGAGUCUCAGCCCCCUCCCUUGUCCUACCAAUUCAGAACCYGUAUUUCCCCUUGGGUGAUUUGCAAGCAUAUUAUUAUUGCUUGAGAAACCCUGAUUGUGAGGGGAGAGAAGGCCAGCUUGACUGGAAAGAGCUAGUUUCUAGACACACCUCCUGAGACCGGGAUACCUCUCCCACUCACACCUCCAGCCUGAAAGCAGCAUUAUGCUCAAUUUGUUUGAAUUAAAAUAUCUUGACUAGGUAAUAUUUCUAUGAUUCAAACAUGCCUAUAAUUCUAGUGAUUCGGGAGACUGAGGCAAGAGGAUCGGAAGUUUGAGAUCAGCCUGGGAAGGCAGGGAGGCCUCUACUCACAAGUCCCUGUAGAGAUUGAUGUUAUCCAAAGGCUUUCUCCUUUUAUCCAAAGGAGAAAGCCUUUGGAUAACAUCCAGGGGGACACUUGGUCUUACUCCAUGGGAUAUAAUUUAAAGGAAAGGACUGGACCAGUUGGGAGGCAGCUGGCCCUUAAGGGGAGAAGCCAACUGCAAGGGCUUUUAGGUAAGCUCAGCAAGACCAUGUCUCAAAAUAAAAGUCUAAAGGGCUGAGAAUGUGACUCAGUAGUAGAGCACUCCUGGGUUCAAUCCCCAGUAUACACCCCCCGCCCCAAACAGAAAGGAGUAGUAAAAAGUCAGUUCUUUUCACACAUUCUCUGGAGGUAAUUACCAAUUCCAGAAGACUCCUUAUUCUGCUAAGAAUCCAUGUUCACAUGGUUAAUUAUGCACUAACUUAGGAAAUGAUCUUUUCCUGUAAGGCAGAUGCUCCUGUGUCAGAGAUGGACAUGAAAUGUGCUUAAAUAUUUGGCUUGGGGUCUGGCUAGCUCUUUUCCCUAUCCCAUGGCAUUGGAGGAAUGGCUGGGUGAACCCAAUAGCAUCCAGGAAGCAUACCAGGGAACAUCCUCUUUGGAAGGGAUAUGGUCUUUGUACACAAGGGGGCAGCAAGCCUCCUUCCACAGGAGCCUUUGGGGACAAAGAGUCUCAAGGCAUCCAGCAGGAGGUUACUGGUGAGGCUGCCACUGGGGCGGUGGAGCAUGGUGCCCAGAACACGACUCCUUAUAAAGCAAGCAGCUCCCUCACCUUGGGUUGUCUGGGGACCUGUCAGUGAGUGAACUGGCACUCUGAAUAGAAAGUGGAAAAUUUAGGUGAUCUAUUUAAGUGUUUUACUUCCUCACUAAAGCAAACCCUUGGGUUUUAUAAUCUAGCAUGUUACUUUUAUGGUUGGGAGGAGGUMAGAGGGGCAGGACUUGUGGCUGCUUAGCGAUAGAUCUGGUUCCUCUUAACCUGAUUUUGAAAUGGUGUGUCACAGUCAAAUAACCUGAGGACAAUGAUACUAUUUUAUAUUGGAGUAUAAAUGCCUGCCUACAGUCAUUCAGUCAGUAAAUAUUUACAGGGUCCUUAUUAUGUGUAAGGUGUUGGAGUAAAUGAUGGAGAUACAGUUGUGUUCAACGUAUAGGGUCCCUGCCAUCGUGUCCUUCCUGGCUGGUGGGAGCUGGACCUUAACCAAGGGGUCACACCUAUAGUCACAGACUCAGAGUGCUUGGAGGGUUUUUAACCAGUAGUCAUCAGAAAGUUUCUCCAAGGAAUUUUGACAUAUUAUUUGAGACCUGAAAGGUUAGGAGCAGCUGACUGGGUGAGGAAGGAAGCGGUCCAGGUAAAGGAACCACAAACGUAGGAAGAAGCCAACUGAGGAUAUGCGUGAAGGCAGUGUAGCUGCAUAGGGUUUUGUGAGGCUUUCCUGUUGUUGGCCUUAAUUUUUUGGGGGGUGGGAGGCACCGGGGAUUGAACCCAGGAGCACUUAACCACUGAGCCACAUC